AUGCAGAACGCCGACGGCGCAGUGCCCGCCGAGUACAAUGACGCAGAUUAUUUCUGCGAGGUGUUACAGCUGGAGGAGGGCCAGACCGAGGCUCUGUUCGAUGAGAACCUCGCGCAGGAGGCUGAGAAGCUGGGCAUAACGAUAUCGAGACCGCCGACUGAGAACGGCCAGCAUGAGAAGCACAACUUGAGGUGCGAGUCUGCGCUGACGGAGCCUUCGCACCAUGCGAGAACUUCGUCGUCUGGGUCGCAAGGAAGUGUGUCAACGGGUAUGACAUCAAGAUCCUCGAAUGAACAGCUGGAUAAUUCGACGCUGUUGCAUACGAGGAAGCGGCCGAUUUCUAUGAGGAGCCUAUCGUUCACGGAGUACGAGAAAUACCUCGCACAGCAUGAAGCGCAAGAGGCGAUGAAAUCAGGUGUUGUGCCACCGCCCAUGCCUGCGGAACCUGCUCCUUCGUUAUUCUCGGUCUCCACAAGGCGAUCUUAUGUCAGUGUCAAGAAUGGGAUCAAGUCAAAGUUCAGAUUACGGAGGAGCAAGACAAAUCAGGAUGAUUCGAACUCUUGUAUAUGCUGUCGAGACGACUUCAGCAAAGCUCUGCACACUCUUCCUUGCACUCAUAAUUACUGCGACAACUGCCUUCAAAUCCUCAUCACUCAAUCUGCGAACGAUGAAUCGAAAAUGCCCCCACGAUGCUGCUCGAGAGCUAUACCUGGGACAGUGAUCAGGUCCGUCUUGACAAAGGACGAACAGCAUGCUUUUAUGGAGAGCGUAUUACAGUUCAGCACACCAUGGGAAUCACGAAUUUUCUGCCCCAAUCCUGCGUGUGGUGAAUUCAUUCCAAGACGAGGCAAGAUAGAUCCAAAACAUCCCUUCGAAGUCGUCUGCCGCAAGUGCAGAUCCAAGGCUUGUUCGACCUGCAAGCGCGCUGCACACGCUUUCGGUCAAGAUUGUCCCGCAGAUUGGGAAUUGGAUGCUGUGCUUCAGAUGGGAGAGAGGUCUGGGUGGCGCCGCUGCUACAAAUGUAGGACUCUAGUUGAGUUGACGCAAGGCUGCAGCCAUAUCACUUGCCGCUGCAAAGCACAGUUCUGUUAUAUAUGCGGAGCAGUUUGGGAUCCAGUUGUUGGAUGUCCGAAUUACUGCAAUGGGGAAGAAGAACUCGAGCGCCGACGCCUUGAAGAAGAAGCCAGGAUUGCUGAGGAAGAGGCCGAGAAAGCUGCCAGAGACGAAGCUGAGAAGUUAGAGGCUGCAGAGAAAAUUGAAGCAGAGAAGCGGACUGCUUCAAGUGGCGAGUUGAAUGAUCUUCGAGCCCAACAGAUCAACGAACGCGAUCGCUUCGCUGCAUUUGAGAGGAAGAUGAAGUGGAUUAUGUGGACCAGACACGGCCAAGCCAAACUCGACAUUCUCGAUCGGUAUGGUGAGCUUCAGACCAAGAUGAAGGAACGGCAUAUCAAGACCGCAACGCACCUCGAAGAUCGACAAGUUGGUGCUGAGAUGGAACUUCGGGCUACUCUAAAGCAAGCAGAGAGAAGUGUGAAGAUUCGUUUGAGACACAUGGAAGCUUACUGUGAUGGCCUGGGCCGCAGUGCCAGCGGGGAUAAUCCAUCCAGAGUAGUCACCGAGAGAGAUUUGAGGGAACUCUGCCAACAGUACAAUAUCCGCGACGACAUGGAACGCCUUCAUCAGAGCAAGAUCAACGUUAUGCGAGAUAAGCAGGCCAAGCAGAUGGAACAACUUCUUGUUCGACAGGAGGAAGAACUUGACAAGCUGGCGGACAAGCAGAAUGUCGAGCUGGAAGCGUUGGAAGAGACUUUUGGGGUUGAGGAAGAUGGCUUUGUCAAGGUCUUCCAAGAGAGGAGGGAGAGGCUACGAAGAAGGUGGAACAUUGUCGAGGAGGUGGAGAGGAAGAAGCUGGAGACGGUGCAGAAAGCGAGGUUUGCGCCAUUGGCUCCAGUUUCAUGGCCCGAUUUGGAGCCAAAGCAAGACGAGGCGUUGGAAGUUGUGGCGGAAUAA